GCGUUUUGAGUUCAUUUUCCCAUUAAUGUUCUCCCUGUAUUUGGAACCUCUUAUUUUGGUUACCAUUUCCUCAUAUAGUUUUUAUUCUCAAGUCUGGCAUUCCCUGGUCUAUUGUCUCUUUCAUGGAUUCUGUAUUCUUUUUAAUGGGUUUUUCAUUUAUAAUAUAGGAAACAUGGGAGAUUUAGAAGAAACACCAGAUACCAUCUUUGAAUUUUACAAAAAAAGCAAGGGAUCUAGGUCAAUUUCUACCGAACAACUUUAGUAAUGACUUGUAUCUCUUCCCUUGUGCAUCUAUGAGCUCGAAUUCAAGGGAAUCAAUCCAUGGCAUUACUGACUCUUUAUUAUAAUGAAAUCUAUAA